UCUCUCUCGGUUCAAGAGUCAUGAUCUCAUUCUAUAUAUAGCAUGCAAAGCAAGUCCUCGGCCAUAUCCAUGAGGAUUCCAGCAAAUCCCUUUUUUUUUUCUCUGGUUUCUUUUCUGGUUAAAUUACAGUGGUCGUUGUUGAUUUCCAAUUUUUCCGACUUUACAAUUUAUAUUCCUCUUAACUUUAAAUUCUAAUCAAGUUUCUAGUACGUAAGGUUCUUCUAUUGUAAAAGUCUCGCUCCACUUCGUCAGGUUCACACAGCCAUCUGUCUUUGAAAGACUACUUAUAAAUUGAUCAUUACGCUCGUAAUUUCUUCUCUGUGCGGCUGUCUCUGAAUCUUAUCCCAAAUUUCUAUUGUAAAUCAAAGAUGGCAAAGGUCGCCACCGGCCUGUUAAUGAUAGCACUCCUCCUCUGCUCCAGUACGCUGAACUAUGCUUCCCGCCCAGAGCCAGGUUUUGCUGAUGCGACUCCAGCAAAUACCCAUCAUGGGGAUUUUGUGGAAGCAGAGCACGUUCGUGCUGUGGAUGAGAGCUGUGAAGGACUUGGAGAGGAGGAAUGCUUGAAGAGGAGGACGUUGGCUGCUCACCUCGAUUAUAUCUACACCCAGAAGCAGAAGCCAUGAAAUUAUCUGCUAGCAGCUAGCUUGUCAUUACUUCUUGUGGUCACUUGUAAUCCUUAUAAAUUUAUAAUUACUAGUAUGAUAUUUCAUUACUCCCUGCAUGCAUAUAUAUUGCAUGCUGUAUUUUUAAAAAAAUGCUUCUCAAGGGUUUUCUUUCUUUUUUUUGUUUUUUUUUUUAAUUUUCCCCAGGUAAGUAAGCCUGUAUACGUCUAGGUAAUUAAUGAAUAACGAAUUAACGAUGAUUUUUAGAUUUUGGUAUACAUGUAUGCAUGUAUGUAUGUAUACACAGCCAAGUACUUUGGUCUUUCAAUUC